UGAUUGUAAGUAGAGCCUUUCUCGGUCCACUUCCACUUUUCCCAUUGUAAAGGGUGACCUGACCGCGCACCGUCUUACUAAGCCUACAUGUCAGCAUCGCGAAAGCGUAAGGGCUGCGCUGUGCCAGAUGAGGCGGACGGCACUGCUAGCGAACAUCCAUCAAGCACGAGCACGGCGCUUUCAAGGCGGGGCCGGAGCGCACCAAGAACGUCCAACGCCUGUGAUCCAUGUCGGCGGUCUCGACUCAAGUGUAAUGGACAGCGCCCGACAUGCGCUCGAUGCCUUGAAAGAGAGAUGUCAAGCAGGUGUAUUUGGCCUACAAGAGAUGGCCGAUCAGAGAGGGGCAGCCAGAGACGCGGUGAAGAGACUCGUGCGAGAUCCCCGCAUACAUUCACCAACCAGCCUCACCCAGGUGCCCCGUCGUUGGAUCUGCUCGCAAAUACUGCCGCGGACAACGCUACCUCGAGCAUGGUCCUGCCUUCGCGGCUGGGCGCCUUGGCCCCUCAUAGCGCCAACAGCUCGGCGAGAAGAAUGUGGUUCGAGUCCGCCCUCAGCUGUGCGCCUCCUGCACCGAGUUCCGAAGUGGAUCCGGCUGGUGUUGACUGGACCAGCUUCGGCGUGGCUCCCUCCGACCUAUCUAAAGAGAUGAUUGAUGCUCUGACGGGGCGUAUAGGCUUUAUAAGCAAUCAAAGCGCAGCUUCAGAUCCGCAGCGUGCCAAUAGCCCCAGCAGCUCCACAGGGCUUUCCAGAGCAAGCAAGCAAAAGGGUGACAAUGCGGAUCCCGUGGUCAGACUGCAGUACUUCAGACUGCUUGGUGCAACAUCCAUCACUCCUGGAGUGAAGAAGAUAUCGCUGGAGCUCCGCUUGACCCCUUCUGUACGCAAGGCUCUGUUUGCCAACGAGGGCUGCCCCUCCGAUGUUCCGCUCAUUCCGCAACGACUUGACCUAGAUAGUCUGGUGGCUGUACCAGGUCUCUCAUCAACAGCGAGUCGUGCAUUUCAGGUGGAUGUCGCAAGUGCAGAGUCUGCUGGCAAGCCAGAGCUCUCUGCUAGCUGCAUGGCCAAUCAAGCAGCACUCUUUGAUGGUGACAUGCCAGCCGAGUGGGUCUUGGAUGAGCUCGUACCGCUCUUUUUCGUCAAGCUCGGCGAUCACUUCCCAUGCCUCAACUCUGACGGCCUGAUGGGCAGACUGCGUGCACGUCGUCGACAAGCUCUUUCAAUGCUUGUCAAUGCGAUCUGCGCUCUGGCAGCCCGCUACUCCGAACAUCCUACCAUCGUGCAUGCGAGCCGCUCGCGGAAAGCUCAUACGUAUGGCGUACCAUUUGCCGAAAAGGCAAGGGGAUUCUUGGCCACCAGUCUUUCUGUGCCUAGCCGAGCUACUACUUUGGCCUUUCUGCUGUUGGCGUGGGAAGCCUUCGCUUGCAAUCUAGACUCGGCUUUCUGGAAUUAUGCAGGUAUGGCCCAGCGUAUGGCUAUCGACCUUGGCAUUCACCAAGCGCCACAUAGCACGGCACAACCACGUGAUUUGGAAGCUAUUGACUUCAUCGACGAUUCCCUACUGUUCUGGAGCGUCUAUCAGAUGGAUCGAGCCUUGUCGCUCGGCACAGGACGCCCUGCCAGCAUCAAGGACUCAGAAGUGACUUGCGCACUUCCUGAGCCUGAUCUAACAACUUGCCCAGUCUUUGCGCACCAUCUCAGACUCGUUCGUCUAGGUGGGAUGAUUGCCGAAGUCAUCAACGCGGCACUGCAGCCGCUGCGUGCGAGAGGCGAAAAUGAAGCAAUGAGCACGACAGAGACGGCUUCUCGUUUGGACGAGCUCGAAGAUCACUUGGUGGAUGCAUACGAAGCCUUGCCCUCGCAGCUCAAACUGUCGGCUUCAAAUUUUAGAGCCAGCCGCGAGAAGCACGUCUUUUUGGAGAUGCACCUUCUCUACCACUCUUUGCUAUUUGUGCUGAACAGAACACCAGUAGCAUCGUACCGAAACACGGUCGGAGCAGGUGAGAACAAAAUGGCAUACGUAGUGCGACGAAGCGCACAGCGGUGUGCAGAAAUCGUCGCUAUGGACGAAGCCGCAGACCUCGAUGUGCUAGUUUGCGUCCCGAUGGCCAAUCAAUCUCUUUAUCAAGCUGGUUGUGCGGAGCUCGACGAGCGCAAGAGCACAGGUUCCGACCAUCAAAACAGCGCGGGCCUGACGCGGUCAGUCAAGCAUUUCAUGGCGGACAAUGUUCAACGCUAUCACCGCUUUGUAAUGACUCUUGAGCGCAUGAGCAUGUACUGGGACGGCAUAAGCUGGAUACAGGGCGUCCUCUUCCAGAAGCAGCGUGGAUUUGCGGAUACCGACUUGGUCGAGCUCGCUGUUGGCACCGAUUCAAUGGUUUCAGAACGUGAACUGGUGAGUCGAGACUGCCUUGACCGACACGGAGACAAUGUCGGCUGAUGAAACCAUCAAUUGGUCAUAAAGCAACUGUUGCAAAAGCUUCAUGCCGGUGGACUUGAAAAUAUCACAUCUCAGGAGGUCUCCGAAGUUGCGUCUUUGGAGGAAAUUAAUGCAUUCUUGCCAGAGCUAAAUGACCUCCUUGCUUCGUUUGCAUGAGAGCGCACUCCUCGGCAGCAGGUUACGAGCAUCUCAAGAUGGUAGAAGGAGUUCUUCGAAUGCGCCUACUGGAGGGGUCUUGAUUCGGCCGUC